AAAAUUUCCGCUUGUUAACAAAACAUAACGUUUUUAAAAACCAACUUUUGAAUGAAGGCAAUUUGAAGGGCCAGUAGUCCAAUAACCAAACUUUAAAUGAUUGACAAGGCAACACGGCUGUAACGGUGCGUUCUUCGGAUCUUCGUCGCUACAAGACGAUAUCAACCUUAAAAUACCUGAUUUCUGACGGCUGUCAGUCUGUCUCCUGUAAACAAUAUCUCACUGCAUGAAGUUAUGGUUGAAGAAAAAUUCAAGGUUUUGACAUUUAACUGCUGGGCCGUGUUUUUCCCAUCCUCGACUGUGAGAAAAGAAGACCGACUGAAUGCAAUUGCGCUGAAGUUAUCGUAUGGUGAUUUCGAUAUCAUAUUGCUACAAGAGAUUUGGCUUGAUGCAGACUAUGAUAAACUUCGGUGUUUGUUAAAUGACAAGUACCCAUACUCUAACUACUUUUACUGUAAUCUAAUAGGUACUGGAAUGUGUAUCUUUUGCAAGUGGCCGAUGGAUUGUGUGUUCACCCACCCCUUCACGGCUAACGGAUAUCCCCAUCUGAUUCACCAAGCGGAUUACUACUGUGGUAAAGGUAUCGGGCUUGCUCGCGUCACAUCUAAAGAAGGGUUCAGAAUUAACUUAUAUGUAACACAUCUGAUAGCUCGUUACGAAUUGAAUCGUACAUUGGAUAAAUACAAUGGGCAUAGAAUUUCCCAGUUAAUUGAAGUCAUGGAAUUUAUUCGUAUGACUUCGACUGGUUCCGAUGCUAUCAUUAUCACUGGGGAUUUUAAUCUGGAAUCGGAUACUUCAGCCAUUGAACUGUUUCGCACAUCUUUAAAGCUAUCUGAUGCAUGGCUUAACAAUGCGAUAGUUGAAAAAAAUCCAAAUAUUGCUAGUCUCGAAUUGGAUGGAUGUACGUGUGAUCGAGCUGAUAACCCUUAUCGAAAUCAAUUAUGGACAAGUGAAUAUGGAAAUGGGGAAAGAUUAGACUAUAUAUUUUAUCGUUCAGGUCCAUCAGUAAUCGAUUCACUUUAUAUUCCAUCUUAUGCUAAGCUUGUUUGUGAUUCAUGUUGGCUGGAUAUGCGUAAGGUACCUGAUGAUCCGCAUGGUUUACAUUACUCUGAUCAUGAGGGUGUAGCUGCAAGUUUCACAAUUACAAGAUUAUGCAAUCCAAGUAAGCCAGAAGGUCAAAGUAUAUCAACAGACGAAGUGAAUAAAUUAAGGGAUCUUUUAUUGGAUGCAGACAAACAAUUAACUCGUGGAUUAAAUCAGUGUCUACAUGGACGUGUAUUGCAUUUAUCAUGGGCAGGUAUAGUUGUAUUAUUAUUGCUUAUACUGAUCAUAUUUAUUGAUCCAACGUAUUGGUUAACUUCAAUACUGAAGAGUCUACUGCAAGUUGUACUUGGCGCUAUUCUAUUCUCCUUAAUCUGGGGUUCAUUGAUUGGUAGAACUAUUGAAAAGUCUGGAUUACAAAAUGCCAAACAAUGCAUUUCCACACUGUCAUCAAGAUUAGACUCUCCUACCAAUGAUUUUACUGUGAUUAAAUGAGUGAAAAAAGUUUUUUUUUCUCGCCUUACCUUGGUGAGUGUUGGUGUAAAGAAUACAACAAUACGUUCCAAUUUCUCAUUUUUCUGCUCUUCGUAUAUCAUGCAUCAUUCAUUGUUUUGUUUGACUACUCUUCCCGAUCUGCACCCUCCCCUCAACAUGCAUACAGGUACAUAUAAGCCUCCUGUUUGUGUUGUAUACUGCCUAUUAUUACAGUACAACUGUUUGUCAUGCAUUAUUUUCUUACCUUAGGUAAUAAUAAUAAUAGUGAUGCCUCCACUUUCAAUGAACCAACGUUUAUCAACGUUCAUUCAUUUAUUUGUUAUAUAACCAGGUGUCUUUGUCGCGUGUAUAUUUAUGCAAAUAAAUAAACACGUAUAUCCACAUAUCUGUUAUGUUAUCCAUACGAUAUUCAUUUUCUUUACUGUUCUUCUUCUUCUUCUUGUGACUUAUUGACACCUUGUUGUUUUUGUUAUUCUACUGCUUCUCUUGUCACUGAAGGAUACUGUAACGGUUUUCCUUUUUUUAGUGUGUUAUCAAGUAAAAUAAAAAGGAUAAGCAUUGUACACGUCUCAAAAUCAACGCAGUAGCAUACAUUAACUCUCCUUGUUUCUUUCGUUUAACGGGAUUUCACUUUUGUCUAACAUUUUUGUUGUUGUUGUUCGUGACUUUUAAAAACAAGAUGAUUAUCCACUUCUUUUAUCGAUUUAAAGAUAGAAGUCCAUCAUCUUAAAUAACUGAGUUAUUGAAUGAAACAGGUCGCAAUGUAUUAUUUACUUGGCUCUUUAUUAACUUCCAUCGACUGAUAACAUUAUUAGGGUUACUACUUACUGUAAUUACUAUUAUAUUGAUCAUGUUAUGUGAUAGCUUGUUUCUUUUUUGACGUAAAACAAUUUUGUUCAUUUUAUAAGUGUUUGUUUUGAAAUAUGCUUGUUUUUACCAUAAUCUAAAUACCAGUCUGGCAAACUACGGCUAUCUCAGAUAUUCUAAAUGAUAAGCAAUUUGAUGCUUCUCCUCUCUAAUUCAGUUACAUUUGGAUUUGGAUGAGAAGUCCUGACUAGGCAACUAGUGUGAAUACGCACCACAAAUUCACCUGGUAGUCGGGCAAAACCUUUGGUGAUUGAAUCUGGUCAGCAGUCAGACCUCAUACCUCAGCUAGUAGAGCAUCGGACCGGCAACCCGGUGAUCGCUGGUUCAAAUCCGGCUGUGGUCCAAAUUUUCAUUUAACCUCCAAUCAUCACCCAGUAUGCACAAUCUAUUUGACAAGCUCAACAUUUGAAGGUAUCAAGGCACUAUGUGUAUAUUUUACGUUUUAUUACAUGUUAUUAUAUUAUAUAUUACAUCAAAAAAACGCUAACCGAGAUAAUAAUCCACAUUGAUUUCUUUCAUAUUAGCAAUGUCAGAAGGCAAAGAUGUCAAAGGAAUGGGUAUUAUGGUAUCCACAAUCCUGGAAAUAACUAGGAUAAGGUGGAUAACAACAUAUCGUAGACAG